CAAAGCAGGGCGCCUCGCAGUGGCAUUCCAAGGAACUGCAGCCUGGGACGGGCUCUGCGGUUCAAACUGCUUAGAGCGGCCAGCGCUGCCAGGACUCGGAGAACCAGCCCCCCAGCACCGAGAGCGAGCUCUGGGGGCUUGGUAAACUCCCCCAAGCAGCGCCCUGGCUGGGGCUUCGCGCACCGACUGACUCCGGGGCUCGCUGGCUGCAGCGGGGCUCCCGGGGAGCCACGUGCGCGCAGCGGCGCCUCCCCUCCAUGCCAGUCCCCGGGGCCAGCGCAGCCGCCUCGCCCGAGGGCUCGCCGGUCCCCGCGCGCUUGCCCGGCACACGCAGGAGUUCCCCGCUCGGAAGAUGCAGCCGCUCUGGAAGAAAUACUUCGGCCACAAGUCCGUGCAUGAGGUCGCCAUGGACGCGUAUCUGGCCAGCCUGGGGCUGUACCGCAAGCUCACGGCCAGAGACGCCUCCUGCCUCUUUCGGGCCGUUUCCGAGCAGGUCUUUUCUUGUCAGAUUCAUCACAGGGAAGUCAGGAAGGCUUGUGUUUCAUUUAUGAGGGAAAACCGACAGAACUUUGGGGCAUAUGUGGAAGGUUCAUUUGAAGAAUAUCUGGAAUGGCUGGGAGAUCCAGAGGGAAAGGCUGGCCAACUGGAAAUAAGCGCUCUAUCACUGAUGUAUAACCGAGACUUUAUUCUGUACCAGAACCCUGGAUGGCCACCCACUUGUGCUACAAACAAUGGCUUUGAAGACAAGAUCUUGCUGUGUUGUUCCGGUAACUCCCAUUACGACUCUGUGUAUACAAAACAAUUUCAGGCAGAUGCUGCUGUUUGUCAGGCUGUCUUGUACGAGAUCCUGUACAAAAAUGUGUUUGGCGUGGGGAAGGAGGAAUUGAGAACUGCAGUUGACAUGUUUCGAAGUGGGGACAAAAAGAACAGAAAGAGUGCCUCUGUUGGAAGUGAGGAUGCAAACUUUGAUUGCCUUCCCAAGGAAGGGUCCAACACUUCAUCAGAAAGGAGAGAGGAAGACUGGGAAGGCAACAAUACUGACAAUCCACCUGAAGAUAAACUCAGACAAGGCACUGAAGAGGCAAAGUGUCCAGAAAAUCCACCAAAGAUGCCUUUUGCCUAUAGCGUGCUAAAAGCCCUGGACCCUGGACUCUAUCGAAAUGUAGAGUUUGAAGUUUGGUUGGACAGCAGAAAAGAAUCAAAGGAAGAUGGAUAACCCUUUAUUCUCCUGAAAAAGCUAAGAUUCUGAAAAUAAGGAUCCAGCCCUUCCACCACAUUUCAAACACCUCUUUAGAUAAAAGACAUUAUCUUUAAAAACAAUCUUUCUGCAUCAUGAUUUGACUUGGAACAUUAAUCACUCCUAUGGAAAAACACAUUCUGAAUAAAAACACAAAUUGAUUUAAUUAUGUAUGAAUGUUACUGUCUAAUUUGUACCAGAAAGGGAAUAAUAUAGCCAGAUAAUAUAAUAU